CGGCAUCUGGCGCCUUGGACGCAUGCGCGCCGAACGCGUUCGCUCGCUGGCUGGCUAUGGUUCUGCAACGGAUUAAAUUUCAGUAAGAUUUUAAUAGCCAUAGUGAUAGUGUUUAUGUAAUUCGUUAAUACGAGAAAACCUCCCCCGUGAUGGCAGACACAGUGAAGAAGUCGAGAAUUGUAAGUGAAACCGAUGAAAAUUUAGAAGAGUGCUUGCUGGAAGAAUUUAAUCAAAGGCUUAAAAAAUGCUUAAGUCAAGAUGAUCUCAACCCGCCCGAUCUUGCCACCGCCACGAACUUAUUUAUAGAGAACGAACGGCGCGACAGCCUAACCACGUCGAACGGUCACGCCGACUACGAAAUAACGUGCGAGAGCCCCGACUCGCCGCCGCCGGUCCGAGACGAGCCCGAACCGAAAUCCGUAAAGGACCGCAUGUUCCUAUCGACCGACGACGCCUCCUGUCUGCUGUUCACGCAGACGGUCACGUCGCCGAUGCUCACGCCCUCCGAGGAGAACAUAGACUUUUUGCAGGGCUUCAAGCGCGAGUCGAUCUCGAACGAGUCGCCGCUUUGCAACGGCAACGGCACGCCAAAUGUCGCCGACGAAGAGGAGCCGGUCGAACCGGAGCAGCAGCCCCAAUUCGAACAAAUUGAUACUAACGUGUGUGUUAACAUUGAUGUUAGCACAGUCACAGAGACGCACUACGUCGAAACGACCACCACAGAGACCAACGGCCUGAAAAAGAAGAAGAGCAAGAAGUCGAAGAGCCAGCACGAGAAGGAGAACAUCUCGGUGUGUGAUGAGACUAACGAAGAUUCGUGCUAUAACGUCAACGUGAAGAAUUUGUGUAGGAGUUUCGGUGACCUCAGUAAAAUCGACGCGGACCGCCACCACCGGUGGAAGUGCACCGAGCGUUCGCGUACAAAGUCGAUGAGCGAUCUUCGGCCGAUUCGCACCGGUAGAAUCUUUACGGGCGUGUCUGUAAAGGAAUUGCGAGAGAGAUUUAGUAACGUCUCUACUAAUCACGUGUUGCUUAAUAACAUUACUAAGUCAAAGAUGUUGAAAUCCAGUUUCAGCAAGUUUGACGCCUUACAAAAGAAAAACCAAUUGAACCUUCAGCAGGUAGACCAAAAUGAUACAGACACAAGCAAUUGUAAGAAAUGCGGACGUCCCGUGUUUCAAAUGGAGCGCGUCAUCGCGGAGCGAUGCGUCUGGCAUCGGAACUGUUUCAGAUGCGCCGAGUGUAGUAAACAAUUAUUAGUCGACAAUUUCGAGAGCCACGAAGGCACAGUUUAUUGCAAGUCCCACUUUAAGCUGCUGUUCCAGCCGAAGGCGGUCGAGGACGAGUUACCGACGAAACCUCGAAAGCAUGAACUUAUAAUUCGUGAAAAUCAACCGGUGGAAUUGCCGCCAGAUGUGGCUAGAGCGAGCGAUAAACCCGAUCUGGGCCUCGAGGAGUUGCACAGUUUGAACGUUAAGGAGCGCUUUCAAGUGUUCGAGAACAUAAAGGACAGCGCGCACGAUCACCACGAGAAAAAUUCUGUCAAAAUGGAACGAUCGCCCUCCAUCCUCUCGAAGCUGGCGCGAUUCCAAGCGAAAGGCAUGGACGUCGGCGUCAACGACGAGUGCCUCGACGGCAUACCGAUCGAGGCGAGCUCGUCCGAGGAGGAGGCGGAAGCGGAGGGCGAGGACGCCGAUCUGAUUCGCGCGAAGCGCGUCCAGAAGGAGAAGCCGUUUCACUUUCUGCAAAUGUCCGACGUGAAGAGCAGAUGGGAGCAGGGCAACUCGCAGAAGCGCGACGACAUACGCGAGGAGCGCAAGCAGGAGAUACAGAACAUUCGCAGUCGGCUAUUCCUCGGCAAGCAGGGGAAGAUGAAGGAGGCGUACCAGCAGGCGGUCGUCGAGUCGGAGUCGGGCGCCGCGCUGAAGAAGGAGGUGCCGAUCGACACGCCCGAUACGCGCUCGAUCAAGGACAGAUUUGAGAGGGGAGACGUUGUCAAUAGCGAAAUUAGGAGGGAAACUGAGGACAUGUCUAUUUUUGAAAGCGGUAUCGGCAAAAAGUCGAGAUCGAUCUUCCUGGAAUUGGACGCGGAAACCACGAAACCACCGAAACUGUCGCCGACGUCGCCCGUCAAGCUGAGCACAUCGGUUCGCAACGCGCGAGAGGCAUACAUUGCCAAGCAGGCCUCUGAGGAUACCGUUAGGUCAUUCGAGCGCAUGGACGAGAUCUCAGUUCGGACGGCCGAUAUCCACGACCGGUUUAAAUUUUUUGAGACUUAUAAAGAGCCGGAACAGAAGCGCAGGGAGUUUCGAAUGACCCCGCCGCGUGAGGGACAGACUAAGUCGAAGACGCCCGAGCGCGACGUGUACGUCGAUCCCGACAUCGUCAGAUCGGACGAGACCGUCGAGGAUUCGGUCGUAGCCAAAUCGGCGCAUACGGCUACGAAGAUGCUGAGCAAGUUUCGUCAGAUGGAGGAGAAUCUGAUGAAAGGGCAAGAAUCUGCAGGUCCGAAACCUUUGAAGCGCUUCACGCCGCCGCGCGAGCCGGCGCGGCGCGAGAGCAGCAGCGAGCGCGAGUCCGGCAGCGAGGAGGAGAGCGAGACGGAGGUCGAUAACGUGCGAGUGAUGGAGCAGGAUCUGGUCGAGGCGCAGAAGGCGGCCCGCGCGCAGAAGUUGCGCGCCAAAUUCGAACGCUGGGAGGAGAACGAGAUUAAGCGCGAGAAUUCCGUGAGCGUCAUCGGCGACGAGCAGGGGCAGAUCGAGACGGCAAGGAGUUUAUGUGCCAAAUUCGAAUCACUGCGUGAUUCCAAUAACGUCCAGCAGCACACAAAUCGCGUGAAAGUGAAUCGAUUCGUGGUCUCGAACGCGACGUGCAAGAGCUGCGAGGGCACUGUCUACCCGUUGGAAAUGAUCGCCGUGCACGGAUUAACGUUCCACAAAAACUGCUUCCGCUGUAACGAGUGUAAGAUGAUAUUGCGAAUGAACUCGUACUCGUACAAUCGAGGCCUGUUGUAUUGCACUACGCAUUUCAAGCGCUUGUUUAUCACAAAAGGCAAUUACGAUAGCGGUUUCGGAUUGGAGCAGCACAAAGAUAAGUGGGGCGUUCGAACUGCGGCCUAAGUUUACUGUUUGUGUAUACAAAAAAAGUAUUUUUCUAUUGUUUUAUUUCGAUUUAAUUACAGCUCUACAAAAACA